AUGUGGUCAAAUCUCAGAUUGAGCAACUUCAUCGCCUACGCUCCGACAUCAAUCUACGAAGAAGAAGAAGUCGAAGCUUUCUAUAUGGACCUGGAGAAGUUCUACAGAGAAGAUCAUGCCUUCUACAAAGUCAUAUUUCCCGAUUUCAACGCCAAAACUGGCCCAAGUAGAACGCCUGUGGAACUUCACAUUGGGACCCAAUGA